ACCCGCCCUUCCUCUCUCCUUACCACCUCUUUGUCCCACGCGCAUGGUCUGGUCUUGAAUUGUCAACACCGGUAGAUUGAACAAUUCUCUCGGGCCUGCUGUGACCUCUGAUCUCACACCCUUUGCGCCAUCACCAUGAACCCUUCCAACCCGCCUCAAGCUGCCGAGUAUGGUGGAGAUGAAGUCUCCGCCAUUGUCCUCGAUCCAGGCUACUCCACCACUCGCGCUGGCUUCGCCGGUGAAGAUGCCCCCAAGUCCCUGAUUCCCACAUACUACGCCAAAUACAGUGCCGACGGCCAAGAAAAAUUCAUCUUUGGUGAUGACAUCUACGUGACUCCGCGCCCCGGCCUCUCCAUCCACAACCCCAUCGGCAAGGAUGGUAUCGUUGAAGAUUGGGACAUGGCCGAGAAGGUCUGGGAACACUCCUUUACCUCGCGACUUACGGGUGUGAAGCCCGGUAACCCCUUCAACAAUGGCCUGAACGACAUCCCCGCCGAAGAGCUGCCCACAGAGAUGGAGGUGGAAUCGGAUGACAAGCCCCUCGCGGAUAGCCCGCUACUCAUGACCGAGCCCGCCUGGAAUCCGGCCAAGGCUCGUGAAAAGACCAUUGAAAUUGCGAUGGAGAAAUGGGGCACGCCUGCUUUCUAUCUGGCGCGUAGCGGUGUGCUUGCUGCCUUCGCAUCUGGCAAAGCCUCCGGUCUGGUCGUCGACAUUGGCGCCUCAAACAUCUCCAUCACUCCAGUCCACGACGGCAUGGUCCUCAAGCGUGGCGUGCAACAUUCCCCCCUUGGCGGCGACUACAUCUCAGCGCAGACCCGUGCGCUAUUCAAAAAGAACUCUCCGCAGCCCAUCAAUAUCACCCCCCACUACCUGAUCAGCUCCAAGACCGCCGUUGAAGCCGGUCAGCCCGCUCAGGCCAAGUACAAGACAUUCGCCGCCGACAAGGCUCCCGACGCUACCUACCGGGCUCUCCUUGAGGAGCGCACUCUAGCCGAAUUCAAGGAAUGCGUCGUCCAGGUCUGGCCAGGACCUAACAAGCUCUCCGCCACCGGUCCCACCGGUGCUUCCAACGAAGAAAUGGCCCGCUCAUCGCCCGGCCGUCCCUUCGAGUUCCCUGAUGGCUACAACCAACUCUUCGGCGUCGACCGCUUCCGCGUCGUCGAGUCCCUCUUCGAUGUCAAGGCUGCUAUUCCGGACCCCGACUCGCCCAUCCCCGCUCCCACACAGGCCCAAACCCUCCCCGAACUGAUCAAGGCUUCCCUCGGCGGCGUCGAUGUCGAUAUCCGCCCCCACCUCCUCGCCAACGUCGUCGUCACCGGUGGCUCUAGUCUGUUGUACGGAUUCACGGAUCGCUUGAACCACGAGUUGAUGCAGCUCUUCCCCGGUCCUCGCGUGCGUAUCUCCGCACCCGGAAAUACCGCCGAGCGUCGCUUCGGCUCGUGGAUCGGUGGUAGCAUCCUGGCCAGUCUGGGUACUUUCCAUCAAAUGUGGAUCUCGAAGAAGGAGUACGACGAGCAUGGUGCCAACAUUGUUGAGAAACGAUGCAAAUAAAGUCGAAAUGCUUUACCUGCCUGUUUUUGUUUUUUUUUUUUUUUUUGCACUGCUUCAUUGUAUGCUUACGCUUCAUUUUUGACGUGUGUUUCGCUUGGCCAAGGGCGUUCAUGUGUGUUGUGAAUGUGGGCCCUGUGUCCCACGCCAUGCAGCUCUGCUCUCUCUUUCUUUUUUCUGUUCUUUGUUUUUUUUUUUUUUUUGACUCGUGGUACUUGAUCAUGUUGGGCGUUUUAGUUACUUUUGCUUGAGGCGCUUGCCGGGGCCCUUUUUUUUUUUUUUUGUCUUCGAGAAGUACGAAAUGAAUAUGCGGAUUUUGGAGACUCGAUGCUAGAGUCUGAAAUUUGAUUUCUAGAUAUCUGCCUUUCUUCCGUUCUACCUACCAUCUGCCGGUAUUUUUCCUGUCAAGGGACUUCUUUUUUGGUCUCUUUUCCCUGUCUUUGUCUUGGAGUAUGUCCCUUAUCUUGCUACCACGGUGAAUUCUUAAAUUUUAUGGUUUGUCCUAUGAUGGAAAUGAAUGCUACAAGAAAAUGAUAUUGCGUAGUACAGAGUACAGAAUGGGUAUAAAAGCUCAACUAUGUAUAAUGCGUAAAACAAAAACGAGCCAGCCAGUUGUUAUCUCGAUUGCCGGACCCCAGUAAGAUGCCGCCGCUGACGAUAGAGAUAUCGGUAUAAACCCAAGGAAACCAGUCCUAGGUAUCGUACCAAGACCAAUACGAGAGUCGAACAGGACAGCAUGAUAUAAAUGAGCAGACGAGAUGCUAGCCCGCAUCAAAUUCAAAGAAAAACAACCCCUAAGCUUGAGCCCCGAUAGCCCGCGGUCUAUACUCCGCACUGGACGGAAGACCUACGGACGCCGUCGAUGCCACGGGAACCGGCACGGGCGUGGGGGCCGGCACAGCGGGCAACGCCGUAAUAAUCGACCCCGUCUCACCGGCAUCAUCAUUCAUACUCAUAUUCAUGCUCACGGCAUCCUCGAAACUCUUCUCCAGCUCGUCGUCAAUAGCGACGGACAACACGUGGAUACGUGGGGAUAUCGCCGGUCGUUGUUUGAACGAGUACGUACUCAGGAAUUCGGGCUCUUGGAUCCAGGACAUUUGUCGUUGUAGAUCUGUGCCUGAGACUCCAGCACCAGCACCAGCUCCGCUUCCACGUUCGUGACGAGCUCCAGCAUGGAGAUUCUCGGAGGAUUUUGUGCGGAAGAUACUACUCGGCCACUCUUUGGUCUUUGCGAGUGUCGUGCCGCAGCAGUUUGCCGUUUUGGCUAUAUUAUCCCACGCCUCGACGACGCGGUCCGUUUUGAGGAAGUGCGAGAUUUGGUCUUUCAUCGUGUCGAGACCUUCUGGUUGUGAAUCUUUAGGUUGAGAUGUUUGUGGGCGGGAUGGAGGCGGUUGGGCUUGCUUGGCCAUGGACUGCUGUGUUCGUGGUCGUCCAUUUGCCCAUAGCGCUUUGAGCUGUUCUAUCGAUGCGCUUCUGGUUUUCAGGGUUCGCGCUGGUGCGGUCGAGGGUCGGUUGUUUGUAUCCGUUUUGUCGCUGACGGAGCGUUUGGGGAGGAAAGGUCGGGAGAGUUUUCUGGUUAAUCGGGAUGGUGUACGGGGUGGGGAGGGAUCGGUGGUUGUGGUUCCGGGUUGUCCUUCGAGGGCGCUGCAUGAUCUGGCACGGCUGAGGACUCGGGGCAUGAUGCUGUCUCGUCUAGAAGGUUUGCGCAGGCGGGACUCGGUAUGGCGCUGCUCUGCAAUGAGGGUAUCGUCAAGAUUUCGUGAAGCAGGUCGAGACUUGGGUUUUGAUAACGGGUCGCGAGGGAGUGGUUUUUCCGAAAUGGGUCGUCGUCCUGGUGUACCGGGACCGGGACUCCUCGCAAAGAGUCUUUGUCGGACAGACGUGGUCCGGGAAGGGGCUCUGUUCGGCGUCUUGACGAGGGAG